UCUGAAUCCAGGCCGACAAUUCUACGGUUGUCCUUAUUAGAAGGAUUCGAAGAAGAACUACGGUUGUUUUAGGUGGGUAGGAGAACACAAUUCUGAAGCUGGAAGAAAGUAAAAAAUGAGCAGAGUGCAAGGCCGAGAGGAUGAAGAAAGAAAAACAACAGGUGGCUGAAGAAUGUAAUGGCGGUUCAUGAUGCUAUGUUAGUUGAGACUAGGAGUAUCAAAACUAAUGUCAAGCUGAAUCGAUAUAUGUUGACUAUUUUAUUGAUCGUGAAUGUAAUGGUGCAUGUAGUCAUCUAUAGUAUGGAGUAGGAG